GCAUUAUCUACCGCGCGCAAUCUGAUGCAACGCAACGAGCAAUAAGUGAAGCGAACAAUCGCGAGAUGGAAAGUGACAGUCGAGUGUUUGCGGAGUUGGAAAUUUAUACGAGCUCCGUGCACAGAUUCGCUCAGAUCGCGUUAGUUUUUGAUGGAAUGUUCCUCUUUACUAUCCUCUAUCUAUUCGUGUACAUAAUUGGCCGUCAGAUUUAGAGGUUAUGUCACCCCCUGUCUUUCGUCCGUCGCGAACGGUUGUAACUAAGGGCGAGAACAACGACAACAAACCUGAAUGCUUUUCGUGCUAACCGUACGCGGUAUCGCGUUGUUUCGUCGUGGUCUGGUAGAGGUUGUUGGAAUAAUGGAGAUCCAAGAAGGAAUCAUUCGUAAACGGACCUUCCAGAGUUACCUGCAACGGGUACCGCAACGCAUAUCGGAAGUGGUGGAACAUUUUUUCUAUGGAGUUGGGUUAAGAAUUGCUCGACGACCAUUGAAAUGGCUCAUUGGCAGUGCUGUGAUAGUCUUAUUAUCUCUUUCUGGUUUAUAUUCCUUUCAUCAAGAAAAGAAUCCUAUGAAGCUCUGGGUUCCACAAGAUUCAGAUUUUGUUCACGAUACAGAAUGGAUGAUCGAUCAGUUUGGGCAGGGCCUAAGAAUGGAGUCUAUGAUACUAACAGCUGACAAUGUGUUAGAACCAGAAGCUCUUGUCACACUGAAUGAAAUAGUAAAGGAAGUUAUUUCUGCACAAUCUUCUGAUCACGUUACAUGGACAGACGUGUGUUUUAAAGUGCCUGUUAUAUCGGGUAUUGUACAUAGAAAAAAACGCAGCAAUGGGCUCGAUGAUUUUUUUGAUAUCGAGCUCGAUUCAGAAAUUAGCAAUACUACAUUUGAACCUGCAGUUCAUGCUGAUAGUGAGCUGUAUUGUAAUAUAGUGAAUAACCUGCCAAAAGCUUGCCUUUUAAAUAGUAUUGUGGAUCUGUGGGAGUAUGACAGUAGUGUAAUUCGUACAAAAUCUAGAGAACAAAUUAUUAAUGACGUAAAUAAUAUAAAAGUUAGUCCUACCCUGGGACAUCCACUAAACUUUACACAAUUGUUGGGUGGCGUAACGAGAGACGAACGGGGUAGAAUUAUCUCUGCUAAGGCUGUGCAAACGCAGUGGGCGGUGCACGUAAAUUUUUCGAAAGUGGAUAUGGAUAACUUCGGAAACGAUGUUGGAACAGCUGAUUGGGCUACAGAUGAGAUAUUGAAAUGGGAACUGUCCUAUUUAGAUGUCCUGCACAGAAAUGCAAAGCUAUUGAAUGAUAAGAGAAAUGCAAAUCAUACCUCAGCUAUCUACUACGAAGCUGGUCGAAGUUUCGGGGACGUCACUUUCGUAUCGAUGUUCGGCAAUAUUGGCAUAAUGUCGAUAGGAUUCAUUUUAAUGUUCUUCUAUGUUCUAGUUAUAUUUUCUGAUUAUAACUGGGUGGGAUGGAGAAUUUACCUCACAACUGUCGGUCUUUUUUGCGUGGGUGGUGCUUUCAUCACUUCGAUUAGCGUUUGCUCCGUUCUUGGAAUUCCUUACGGACCUGUACAUACUUCUUUGCCAUUUCUUUUACUGGCUCUUGGAGUCGAUGACAAUUUUUUAAUAAUGGCGUCGUGGAAGGAGAUACACGCUGACAAAUCAAACCGAAAAAAGCCAUUGGAAGAGAGGGUAGCUUUAAUGUUAGGACAUGCAGGCUCGGCCAUUAGUAUUACUUCUUUGACCGACGUUGUUGCAUUUAUCAUCGGUGCUUCGACCAUAUUGCCAUCGCUGCAAUCAUUCUGUAUUUACGCAGCAGUUGGCGUGCUAUUGACAUUCUUAUUUCAAAUAACAUUUUACGUCGCGUUUUUCACGCUGGACGCUCGACGAAUCGAGAGAAAGCGAAAUUCGAUACUACCGUGGAUCGUUCACGAGAAUUUCACGCAAAAGUUCGUCAGACCGGAAGAAGAGCUCUCGUCGAGGUUGAUAACGAAAUUGUACUCGAACGUGGUUUUAACGAUACCCGGUAAAAUAAUUAUAGUAUUAAUAACGCUCGUCGCAGCGUCAGCGGGUAUUAUGGGUAUUUUGCAAUUGCAACAGUGGUUCGAUCCAGCAUGGUUCAUACCAAAUAGCUCGUACAUGAGCAAGUACAUUAGCGUGAAACAUCUCGAGUAUCCUGAUCGCGGUUACGAGGCGAUCAUUCUCAUGGGACAUUUCAAUUAUACUGCCGAAUUGCCGAAGCUGAUGGAUUUAACAGAGAAGUUCGUUAAUUUAUCAACGGUGGAAAGUUUGCAUUCGUGGCCAAAGGAUUUUGCAGAAUUCGUCUCUGUCUAUUUUCAGAAAGAUUUAAGGAGCACGACGCUCAACGACGAAGAUUUUUCGAAUUAUCUAUCGAAAUUUUUAUUCAGCCGCAAUGGCGGCAAGUACCAACGGAAUUUCCGCUUCGAUACAGCUUUAAAAUGCGGUGAAUCGGCGCCAACGAUUGUUGCAACCACCGUAGACUUUAACUUCAAACGAUUCCACGGUCCUCACGAGUGGAUCCCAGCAAUGGACGAGAGCAAGCUGGUGGCACUCGAUGUUGGAAUCGAUGGAUAUGUUACUGUAUGGAGCGAGGUGUUCAGUCUCUGGGUAACCGACAAACUGAUCGCUCAAGAGGUCCUGCGCAAUGUUUUGCUAGCUCUGAUUUGCGUUAUGGGGAUGACGGGGAUACUGAUCGCCGAGCUACAGACUUGCUUUUGGAUCUUCUUGUGCGUACUGCUCUCGCUGCUCAACGUAUGCGGGUUCAUGUACUUCUGGGGCCUCACGAUCGACAUUGCAUCUUGCAUCGGCCUUGAGCUGGGCAUCGGUUUGUCUGUGGAUUACGCGGCCCACGUCGCGCACGCGUUCGUCCACGCUGCGUCCGAAACCGGAAGUCUGGAUCGCACGAAGAGGGCCCAGGUUGCGGUGAAGUAUAUCGGUGCAGCGGUUGCGUACGGUGCUGGGUCCACGUUGCUAGCGCUCUCUAUGAUGGCGUUCUCGGAGAGCUACGUGUUCCACGCGUUCCUUAGGAUCUUCGUGUUGGUGAUAGUAUUCGGCCUGUGGCACGGGUUGUUCCUUCUGCCGGUAAUACUGAGCACAAUCGGCCCCCGUAGUCUGCGAUCGUACAAGACACCGUCGCCUGAGAAAAACGAGGAAGAGGCGAUCGACACCAUCACCAGUCCGCUGAAUAAAGAAACGGAUAGUUAAGAGAAACUGUGCACAUCGUUAUGAUUCUUUAUCAAUAAUAUUUAUUUUUGGUUCAAUAAACAUACAAAAUUAUUA